GCGCAUGUGUAAACAUGGACACUGCUUUAGCGGUGGUCUUUCUCUCCCCCCUGCUCCUAUUGCUGGUAGCUGCAGAGACGCCAGUCUACGGACUUUACGAGACUUGUGUGGUGUCACAGUUGUCUGGAAACCAAAAUCCUUUCAAUUACACUGAGGUUGUUACUCAAGGAUUGUUUUCUGGUCCAGAUGGAAACACCACAGUGGAUGGGUUCUACUAUCAAGCAUAUGAGCGGUCAAAUGUCGGAGGAUCUGAAAAAUUGACUCCUGAUGGUUCACCUCAGUGGUGUGUCCGCUACUCACCUAGCAGUCCUGGUUCCUUUGACAUGACCUUCAUCAUCACCAACUCCAGUGGAACAUUCACUCUAAAAACCGACUCAUUUGAAGCUUCGGAUGACAAAUUAGCCGGAUUCAUUAAACUUGGAAGCAAUCAGGUUCACUUUCAAUAUGCAAACAAAAGGUAUUUCCAUCUGUGAGUUCAUUGCGGAGAUCUUCAUUUUCCCUACAUGCAGCACUUAUUAUCCAGUUGGAGAGAAUGUCUGUUGGGUUGGAGAGGGCCAAGGAACAUAUGGAUAUGAUGACUACUUUGGGAAGCUGGCUGCUAAUGGAGGUAAUUAUGCUCGACUGUGGCUGACUGAUAGGGCCUGGGAUGACCUGACUGUUGAAGUAAAACUUGGAAACAUGAGUCUUGACGACACUUGGAGGUUGGACUAUGUAGUGCAACUGGCUGAGAAGCUCGACAUUCACCUCCUGAUGUGCACAGAGAGCUACAACAACUUUUGUACUGUGUCUGAUGUGAUUUGUACUUGGGAUCUGUCGUACUACAAUGUUGCUAAUGGUGGGUUUCUUACCAAGCCAUCAGAAUUCUUUGUUGAUGAGAGGGCCAAGGCUGACUACAAGAACAGGCUGCGUUACAUCGUUGCUCGAUAUGGUUAUUCCACAUCUGUGUUCGCAUGGGAAUUUUUCAAUGAGGUGGACAUCUGUGAUGGAUAUAAUACUACAGUACAGCUACAGUGGAUUGAAGAAAUGUCGUCUUACCUACGUUCUCUUGAUGUCUACAAUCAUCCUAUUUCAACAAGUUAUUCCAAUUCUGAUGGAGAUCAAGCCGUGCAAGCUUCAACUGCUCUUAAUUUUACCAUGACACAUAAUUAUGGCUCAAGUGAUAUUGCAACAAUGGCCACACAAUAUACAAGUAAGAAACAAAUCACGUACAAGAAACCUACCUACAUGGCUGAAUUUGGAAUUGGAGAUGAGAACAAUGACAAGGCUGGGGUGUCACUGCACAAUGGACUGUGGGCUCCACUCUUUGCUCUGGGAGCUGGCACUUCCAUGAGCUGGUGGUGGGACAGCUGGGUGGAUCCUAAUAAUCUCUACCCAAUCUUCAAGCCAUUUUCAGUGUUUGUGUCUCGUCUCCCACUGGCUGACUACACCUGGAAUGUGAGUGAUCCAACGGUCAGCCCUGCUCCACCAUACAACAUUCGAGCCUGGGGCAUGGCAGGAGUGGGGCAGGGAGGACAACAGCUGAUAGUGACCUGGGUACAAGAUGACUGUUUCACCUGGGCCAACCAACACUCUGGAGUGAAAUGUACAAGUCACUCUGGCCUGACAUUGACAACAAGCUGCAGUGGACCAUCAUCAGGUAACUACACUGGCCACUGGUUCAACACCCACACUGGAGAGGACAUUGGAACUACAUCAGUAAUGUGCACAGGUCAUCUGCAAGACCAGAUACCUACCUUCUCUCAAGACAUUGCUGUCUACUACACCUCCUAAUGGGCUAUGACACUUAAUACACGGGAGAAACAGUAUAUUGACGUCGAUCUGGUGGUAAAAAUUUGUGAGAAUUGAUUAAGUAUACGCAACUGGUUUGCAAUCAAGUGCAUUAAAACCCACAUUUGAUUCUGAGAGUUUCCCACAGAGUGCUACUUGCACAAGCACUUUUCAUGGUAUGAUAU